UCUUGUUGGGACAAAUUCGCUGCGCGGGCAGGAGCGUAGCAGAGCGUCACCGGAGGAAUGUCAAUGUGAUAAUUGUUGAUGCAUCUUGGACUCAGUGCGACUCUCGGAUGCUUCAUCUGACUAUUCGUCCCUCCAACCUUGCACAUCCGACUGACCAUGACCACUGCUGUGGAAAGCGGCAAGCAGCCUUGCAUCGGGCUCGAGCCCCUUGACGGCAAAAACACCCUCCUGCCGGGCAAAACGACGCCGAGCGGGGGCACGGGUCGCGGCCCCUUCACGAACGGCGGCCCCAAAGUGACUGACAACGGAGUGCACGACAUCGAGGACCGCAUCUUGAGGAUCACCGGCUACUACGGCUACAACCCGGGCUACUCCAGUCACAGAAGAGAGGAUGGUUUGGAGUCUCAGGCCGAGACGCCUGGUAGUGAGGCAAGUGUGGAGAGCCAGUCAUACCAGACAUGCACCAGCACAGUGCUGAAGGUGCUUGGUGGCUUGCUGAUGGUGCUGUGCAUCUCCUCCUCCUGGGUGGGUACCACUCAGGUGGUCAAGCUGACCUUCCAGUCAUUCUCCUGUCCUUUCUUCAUAUCCUGGUUCAGCAGCAACUGGAAUAUCCUCUUCUUUCCAAUUUAUUACUCUGGACAUGUGGUGACCACAAGGGAGAAGCAGACACCUAUUCAAAAAUUUAGAGAGUGCAGUAAGCUGUUUGGCGAAGAAGGGAUGACUCUGAAGCUUUUUGUGAAGCGAACGGCACCUUUCUCCAUUCUGUGGACGCUGACCAACUACUUGUAUCUCUUGGCCUUGAAGAAGCUGACCGCCACUGAUGUCUCCGCUCUUUACUGUUGUCACAAAGCCUUCGUUUUUCUCUUGUCCUGGAUUGUCCUCAAGGACCGCUUCAUGGGUGUCCGGAUUGUUGCCGCCAUCAUGGCCAUCACAGGAAUCGUUAUGAUGGCGUAUGCGGACGGUUUCCAUGGUGAUUCCUUUGUGGGUGUGGCACUGGCUGUGGGCUCAGCCUCAACUUCAGCUCUUUAUAAAGUGCUAUUCAAAAUGUUCCUGGGAAGUGCCAACUUUGGCGAAGUUGCUCAUUUCCUUUCCACCAUGGGUUUCUUCAACCUCAUCUUUAUCUCCUGUGUGCCCCUCAUCCUCUAUCUGACCAAAGUAGAGCAAUGGGGCUCCCUCUCCUCACUGCCCUGGGGUUACUUGUGUGGCCUGGCAGGAUUAUGGCUAGUGUUCAACAUUCUGGUUCACGUCGGUGUUGUCCUGACGUACCCCAUUCUCAUCUCCAUAGGAACUCUACUCAGUGUACCAGGAAAUGCAGCUGUAGAUGUCCUUAAACACCAGGUGAUCUUCAGCAUGGUGCGCCUUGCGGCCACGUGCAUCAUCUGCUUGGGUUUCUUGCUGUUGUUGCUUCCAGAAGAGUGGGACUCGGUCACCUUGCGCUUCCUGGCCACCAUUGCGGACAAGAAGUCAGAGGAUCACGGUGAAGAGCUUACGGAGUCCAGCCUGCACACAAGAAGCCGUAGUCGAGCCAACGGCACCGUCUCCCUUCCCUUAGCAUAACGUAGUCAGACUCCACUGUGAGCUUCUUUCCUCCACUGCCCACCCAAGGAGGGGAGACUGGAACACAUGACGGAAACGAUCUGCAAGACAUGGCAGAGCAUCAAGAUUGUGUUAGUCAAGGAUGCAUCAGAUGCACCUGGCUCACUGCAAGAGGGAUAUUUAUGAGUUUCACAAAUGAAAAAGGUGGGAGGUGUUAUUUACUUUUACGAUAAACCUGCCACACUCAGUCCCUCACCUGCCGACUGACCAAUGCCCUGCUCGACUCUGCAAAAUGUAUUCUGUGAAUAUAAAUCCUGGCAGGGACAGUUUGGCUAUAGAGCGAUAUGUUUUAUUUAUUUAUUUUGAGAGGAAUAAUACAUUUCAAAUCUUACUAAUGUGCAUUAUAUAUAAGAGACUAACAGUUAUCAGUACUUGUAUAAGUAUUUCCUUUUGUUUGUUUUUCAUAUGAAUUUUAAAAAAACCUGCUCACGCCACUCACUGAAUCACACAGCAAAUGAACCACUUGUUUAUUUAAA